CGGGACACAAAUAUGAGGAGCUGCAUUUCUCCAGAGGAACGGCUCAUCAUCACGUUGAGAUUCUUGGCAACAGGGAAUUCAUUUGUAUUUCUGCAUUUUGAGUUCCUGCUGGGAGUCUCAACGAUUUAGUGACGAUGAUAGUUCGUCAAACAUGUGAUGUGAUUUGGCAGCGACUCAGGGAAGCGGUGAUGCCAGAGCCCAAGGCUGAGGAUUGGAUCCAAAUUGCUGAUGGUUUUUAUGGUGAUGCACAGUUUCCAAACUGCAUUGGGGCACUGGAUGGCAAACACAUUCGUGUUAGGAAGCCGCCUCACUCAGGGUCCCUGUACUACAAUUAUAAACAGUAUUUCUCUGUCGUGCUAAUGGCCUUGGCUGACAGUAAUUACACGUUUAUAAUAGUGGAUAUUAAGGCAUUUGGGAGCACUGCAGAUGUGCGCAUUUUCAGCGCUUCCAGAAUGUGUGAGAGACUUCGAGCCAACCAGCUUGCCCUACCAGAGCCCAGAUUGCUGCCAGGUUCUGCGGGACCACCGGCUCCAUUUGUAAUUGUGGCUGAUGAAGGGUUUGCUUUGGCACCACAUGUCAUGCGACCCUUUCCCAGACGCAACCUGGAUGACAGCAGACGUAUCUUUAACUAUCGACUGAGUAGAGCUCGUCGGUAUGUUGAGUGUGCGUUUGGAAUACUCACACAGAAGUGGAGAGUAUUCCUGUCAUCCUUACAGAUGGCAUCGGAGAAUGCCACCCGGGUUAUUCAAGCGUGUGUGAUCCUGCAUAACUUUGUCAGGAUUAAUGAUGGUCCCUCUGAAGUUGAGGAUUUGGAAUCUGGUACAUAUUCUUCUUCCGGAGGAUUGGACCAGACCCUUCACGGACGACCUGGAACUGCAGCCCUUGCAGUUCGGGCCCUCUAUGAAGAAUAUUUUUCAAGUCCUGAGGAAGCAGUGCCGUGGCGUAGUUCAUGGCAGAGUGUAAAAUAAUCUGUACUCUGGUAAUCCUAGUAACUUUAUUUUCUUAGUUGUAUUAUUUUUUUUUUUUUGGUGGUGGGGUUAUAUGUUCAUAGUGUAGGGACUCACAAGACAAAGAGGACCCUUGACCUGGGCUUGUGGGCUGGGGUUAUAUUGUAUGAAUUGUCAAAUAACAUUCGUGUAGUCGAAAUUGCGAAAUUAGAAUAGUAAAUAGUAAAAAUAAAAGUGCUUCAUAUUCAGCUAUCAAAUACAAAAAAAAACUUCACAUUGUAGUGUCCCACUACGUAAAGGUGGGCACUGCACAGGUUAAUGUGUUCCAUUGCAUUA